ACAUUAAGAAAGCAUAAACCGAACAGAAAACCAAGAACACCAUUCACCACUUCUCAGUUAUUAGCUUUGGAAAAGAAAUUCAACGAUAAACAAUACCUUUCCAUAGCAGAACGUGCAGAAUUUUCAGCAUCAUUAAAUCUCACAGAAACGCAAGUCAAAAUCUGGUUCCAAAACAGAAGAGCUAAGAGCAAACGACUCCAAGAAGCGGAAAUAGAAAAAAUGAGAAUGUCAUCCAGACCAAUGCUACCUCCAAUGAUGGGAGUUUCUUUUCCUGCUGCUGCUGCCGCCGCCGCUGCC